UUCUAACAAUAUAUAAAUAAAUUCCACCCAUUUUCCCCUCUACUUUCUAUUCUCACACCACCCACCUCUGUUCAACUUUUCACUUCCAUGGCCAUCACCGGUGAAAUUUUCCGGCAAAACCUAACGGAAUUGCUUGAGGAGUCUCCUUCUGGUUCGCCAGAGCUUCACGUUCUUGCCGUUGAUGACAGCCUCGUUGAUCGCCAUGUCAUUGAACGCUUGCUCAAGGUUUCUUCCUGCAAAGUGACGGUUGUGGAGAGUGGAAGGCGUGCUCUUCAGUAUUUGGGCUUGGACGGAGAGACCGGUUCUCUCGGGUUGGAUAGUACGAAGGUUAAUCUGAUAAUGACGGAUUACUCCAUGCCGGGGAUGACAGGAUACGAAUUACUGAAGAAAAUCAAGCAGGAGUCUUCCAUGUUUAGAGAGAUUCCGGUGGUGAUCAUGUCGUCGGAGAAUGUUUUGACUCGAAUUGACAGGUGCCUGGAGGAAGGAGCAGAGGAGUUUCUGCUAAAACCGAUAAAAUUGUCAGAUGUAAGACGCUUGAAAGAUUUCAUCAUGAAAGGGAAAGUAAAGGAAGUUGAAAAGAAAUCUCUCAAAAGAGUGAGAUCAAUUGAUUGCAGUCCACCAUUAUCUGCAACAUACUCACCCAUCUCUCUUCCAUGCGAUCCGUCACCAUCAUUGCUCUCACCAUUAUCCUCAAAGAAGGCUAGAUUGUGAUGUGAUCACAGAUUCACUACUGCCUGUCUCCAAUUUUGUCGACUCAAGGUGUUAAUAUCAAAGCUUGUGGUGUGUUUUGCAUUUGUUCACCAAUCUAUACCUUAAGAAUCAGAAAAGCAAAUGUCAGAAUCGCUAAUUUUUUUCCUCUUUUUCAUUUGAUCUUGCUCAUGUACAGUGAAAAAUCAUCAUUAUAUACAGAAAUAGAGAGCUAUUCUGCAACAUUUUCUUACCCAAA